AUGCCUCACCUUCCGUAUCAGAAUCUUGAACGUGAAAUCUCGCAUUAUUUUCAGCGCGACUUUCGUUCCUAUGAGCACAAUGCGUAUACCGGCAAAAGUCUUCCUCCAUCCUCUUCGCAUAUCGCAGCUCAAAAUGUAAAAAUAUUUUGCAAACCUCUCUGGUGGCGGAUUCUUAAGCCUCCACAGGGUUCCUCCGCUUACGGUGGUGGUGAUAACGACAGAAAAGACUGCACUGCAACAAAGUGCUUCAAGAGAAACCAUUUCGAGCAAGAUUUACCCUGCCGAAGUGAUAUCACAACCUUGUCAGGGAAUGAGUUAGCCAUAGGGGGUCACGACGUUUCUACUGAUUACUACGAUGCAGUAGACACGAAGCGACCUAAAUCAUUACCCCUGGAUUCUUUCAUCAUGGAAAAAUGCUUAUCCUACAGCGUCGAGGUGGAUGACGUGUUACUUAUCUUCAAAGAAACAAAGGUUGAGGCACCAUAA